UCCAGCCUUAGACCGAUCCGCAUUGGCUCCAGGCCCUUUCCAAACAUGGUGAAGAAGGAUGGGAAGCGCAAAGCGGCAGAAGACGAUGCCACAGGUGGAAAGAAACUGAAGGCAGACGAAAUCUCUUCGGCAGAGGCUGUGAAGAAUGCGAAGGAGAAGCUGAACAAGAUGAACAAGGCGAAGAAGAAGAAAAUCGAGGAGGAGGAGGACGAAGACGAAGAGCCCGCACCCCCACCAAAAGCCAAAGCAAAGGCAAAGGCCAAAGCUGCAGCAGAUGAUGAUGAUGACAGCGACGAUGAUGAGCCAGCCCCAAAGGCCAAAGCCAAAGCAAAGGCAAAGGCCAAAGCUGCAGCAGAUGAUGAUGACGACAGCGACGAUGAUGAGCCAGCCCCAAAGGCCAAAGCCAAAGCAAAGGCAAAGGCCAAAGCUGCGGCAGACGAUGACGACAGCGACGAUGAUGAUGAGCCUGCGCCAAAGGCCAAAGCCAAAGCAAAGGCAAAGGCCAAAGCUGCAGCAGAUGAUGAUGACGACAGCGACGAUGAUGAGCCAGCCCCAAAGGCCAAAGCCAAAGCGAAGGCAAAGGCCAAAGCUGCGGCAGACGAUGACGACAGCGACGAUGAUGAUGAGCCUGCCCCAAAGGCCAAAGCCAAAGCGAAGGCAAAGGCCAAAGCUGCAGCAGAUGAUGAUGACGACAGCGACGAUGAUGAGCCUGCCCCAAAGGCCAAAGCCAAAGCAAAGGCAAAGGCCAAAGCUGCAGCAGAUGAUGAUGACGACAGCGACGAUGAUGAGCCAGCCCCAAAGGCCAAAGCCAAAGCGAAGGCAAAGGCCAAAGCUGCGGCAGACGAUGAUGAUGACAGCGACGAUGAUGAUGAGCCUGCCCCAAAGGCCAAAGCCAAAGCAAAGGCAAAGGCCAAAGCUGCGGCAGACGAUGAUGAUGACAGCGACGAUGAUGAUGAGCCUGCCCCAAAGGCCAAAGCCAAAGCAAAGGCAAAGGCCAAAGCUGCAGCAGACGAUGAUGACAGCGACGAUGAUGAGCCAGCCCCAAAGGCCAAAGCCAAAGCAAAGGCAAAGGCCAAAGCUGCGGCAGACGAUGAUGAUGACAGCGACGAUGAUGAUGAGCCUGCCCCAAAGGCCAAAGCCAAAGCAAAGGCAAAGGCCAAAGCUGCAGCAGACGAUGAUGACAGCGACGAUGAUGAGCCAGCCCCAAAGGCCAAAGCCAAAGCGAAGGCAAAGGCCAAAGCUGCGGCAGACGAUGAUGAUGACAGCGACGAUGAUGAUGAGCCUGCCCCAAAGGCCAAAGCCAAAGCAAAGGCAAAGGCCAAAGCUGCAGCAGACGAUGAUGACAGCGACGAUGAUGAGCCUGCCCCAAAGGCCAAAGCCAAAGCGAAGGCGAAGGCCAAAGCUGCGGCAGAUGACGAUGACGACAGCGAUGAUGACGAACCAGCACCGAAGGCCAAAGCGAAGGCGAAGGCCAAAGCUGCAGCAGACGAUGAUGACGACAGCGAUGAUGACGAUGAGCCCGCCCCCAAAGCCAAAGCAAAGGGGAAAGCAAAAAAGGUGGAAGACGAAGAAGACGAAGAGGAAGAGGCUCCAAAGGCCAAGAAACCAAGAACCGAAGGUGCUGAGAAAACCGGUGAUGAGCUCACCGUCUUCGUUGGAGGCCUUCCAUUCAGCACCAGUGAAGAGCAAAUCAAGAAGGACUUCGAAGAAUGUGGUCCGAUCGCCAGGUUCGUGCUGCCGAAGAACGACGAAGGAAAGCCAAGAGGCAUUGCCUUUGUCACCUACGAGAGUCAAGAAGGCGUCGAUGCAGCUCUGAAAUACGACGGCGACGAGUACGGCGGGCGCACUCUGAAGGUCCAUAUGGCCUCCGACAAGCGCGAGAAGGGAAAGGGUAAAGACAAGGGCAAGGGCAAGGGCAAAGGAAAAGAUGGCAAAGGAAAGGGAGAGAGGAACGAUGACCUCACAGCUGUCAUCAAGGGUCUGUCUUGGGAACUCACCAAAGACAAGAUCGAGACGGAUUUCGCUGAGUGCGGUGACAUCGCCCGUUGCAACGUUCCCGUGAACGAGGACGGAAACUUGAAGGGCAUUGCAUUCAUCGAAUUCAAAGAUGAAGAGGCCCUGAAGAAAGCCCUGGAGUUCAAUGAAACCGACUACGAGGGUCGCAAGAUCUAUGUCACCAAAGCCAGCGAUGGUCCUGGAAAAGGCAAAGACGGAAAAGGAAAAGGAAAGGACGGAAAGUCCAAAGGCAAGGGCAAAGAUGGCAAAGGCAAGGGUAAAGGCAAGAAGGGAGGCAUGAGUGCCGAAGGAAAGGCGGCCAAGAAUGGAACCAUGGUGGAAUCAACAGGUGCCAUCGGUUACGGAAAGAAGCAGACCUUCGACGACUCGGAUGAUGAAGAAGCUCCACCACCUAAGAAGAAGGCGAAGGUUGCAGCGCCUGCAGAUGAUGACGAUGAAGAUGACGAGUGAACAGGCUUUUGAGCCAACUUUCAGGCUGGGCAGCAGCUGUUACUGGAACAGUUGUGCAAGACCCGGUUGUGACUGGUGAAAUUCAUCUUGUGCUCACUCGCUUGAGACUCGUCUCGAGUUCAUGAAAUCUCAGUCCUCAAAGAGGAGUCAAAGUCGGAGGGAUCAAAGGAUUCAGCACGGGAUCCGUUGCGGAUCGAACGGAUUUCGCUUUUGCAGAUUUGAAAAAAGUCGCUACUUGAAAUCGAGAGUGCCACAUGGCGAUCUAAA